UGCCAAAGGAGGUUUGGGGAGGCUUAGCCUCCCUUAGCCUUAUUGAAAAUCCCCCUAUGCUGAAGGGGUUGUAGGUGUAUAAUGAAUUCUGCUCCAGCACCAUCUCUCAUGUACAGGCACAUAACUCCCAGUUGGAGCCUGGGCUUUUGCUAUGUUCUUCUGUCUUCCAUUACUUUAACUGCCCUUUUGCCUGCUCUUUACAAGUGAACAAACCAGCAAACAAUUAUAUUUAUAACCUGCUGGUACUUGGAGGUGCAUGUUAAACAUACUCGGUGCAUAUAUUUACUUGCUGCCAUGUUACAGACGCUCUUCACAUUACACCCUGCACCCUCUGUGGCUCGGCUGCACAGCGAAUAGAUAGGGUUCAAGUUCUCUAUAACUUACCCAACCACUGCAGAUCUUAAUCAGGAAGACUACAGAGCAGAGUAAAGAUUAAAUCAAUGCCGGGGCCCUGGGCCUUGCGAUGAAAAAUAACUAAAGAAGUAAGCUUGGAAUGUUGUACAUUAUGUUUUGUGCUUCUGUACCAGCCCAAGCAACCCCAGCCCUUUAGCAGGGAAGAUCUGUCCCACACAGCAGCUGACUCCGAGCUGGAUCCGUUUUCAAACUGGCAAAUCCCCGUUAGAGUCACCUCCGUUUCCCACACAGCAGCUGACUCCGAGCCGGAUCCGUUUUCAAACUGGCUAAUCCGCGUUACAGUCACCUCCGUUUCACAGCUCAGGGCCGGGUGUCAGUGGGCGGGAACAUUCGCUAAACGGAUCUGUGCCGCAUCUGUAAAAACGAGUGCGCGAAAUUCUUCGGUGUGGUAGUUAUCGGCGGUACAGUACAUCCUCACAGCUACAAAUUUCAUAGGUAAGGCAAAUCUUUGGCGAUACAGACUAUGACAGUGAGCCAGAGACGGCUAUAAAGAGGAGAUGCCACAAUGUCCUCCCUUGUCCAGUACCACCUAUUCCUUCCCCUACUCCUGACAAUGAAGCUUGCCAGACUACUGCUAGACCUCUCCUAGACCAGAGGCAGACAGAAUCUUAUUUUACUGUGCCUCAAGUUGCAACACGUGUCUCUCACGCACCAUCAAGCUCUAUGGGCCAGAUCUCUGCCACGCCUCUGCCAGAUGAGCAUUUCUUUAGGCCCACAUUUAGACUGAGGAAGACAGGCACUGGACCAAUUCCAUGCUCUGCUGCUCAGCUGCACAUCCUAACUUUAUUGGAACAUGAGAAGGAACAGCAAAUGUUGAUUGCUGCUGCUGUGAACAAUCUUGCUGCAAGACUGGGGACAGACGCUCCUGUGGCUGAAAUGCCUAAAGACAUCAGUAUCCCCCUGACCACUGUGCCUGAAGUUGAGGAGUUUGAGGAAUGGCUUAAAGACUCAAGAAAUUCACAAGCUAAACAAAACAUGAUAUCUUCUCUGGGUGCUGUUGGAGGUCAAAACACCAAAAGAGUAUCAUGGAACAUACUUUCAAGGCUUUACUCAGAUGCAGUAGCCAAACAAAUAAACUGGAAAGGAGUCAAUGGGAAGAAGUGCUUUAAGGAAAUGCUCACAAGAAGUUUGUUGAUCAGGGCUGUAAGAAAGAACCAGUCUUCGACCAAUGCAGCAGACAGUGAGAUAGAUUCUUAUGCCAUCCGUUGGUUCAAUCUUGCUCCUGACCGUGGCGGUGGCCGGAAAGAGCGUUCAAGAGUCAAAGAGGCGUUAACUGAGGUAAAUUCAGAUCCAAGAAGCAUAGUGGCAGUUACAUUUUUUCAUUAGGACAACAAGUCAGUAAUAGAGGUUGACUUCAUGAUAAAAAUAAAUUUCAAUUUUUAUUUAAGGCAAAAAACUCAAACAUUAUUAAACAGCCAUUGA